AUGCCGAACUCGAACGACUACGACGUGAAGCUAUUCCACCAUCGAAUGAACUAUCUGCUCCAUGCGACAGACCAGCAUCCACACGUGGAAGCCGCCAUGGAUCUUCCAGUUGUGGUUGAUUCAAACGACGAUGAAAUAGUCUCCCACGAACUAGAGCAAAUGAGGAGUAUAUUGGAUGAGGCGAUUUUGGAAACGCGCAGCACCCCUCUCGAAAAGCGACCGCGACUUCCCCUCAUACCCCUAAGCAAGCGAAAUCGGGCUUUCGUGAGGGCCCUUAAUCCAAUGCUGGUGACCUAUUUGGAAGCCAGCCGGGACCUUUGCGAGACGGACUCAAUUUUUGCGCCGCAGUGGCAGUUUGCCGUAUUAUUGGCGCCAAACUUCCCAUAG